CGGAUAGCGUCACUGGAAUCACCCACCCCCCAAAUCAGAAAUCGCUGCCAUUCCCUCGUGCUCCACUGGUUCGACCCGCCGUCGGCGACGCCACGCCGGGCAGGUUUCCCGGUGGUUGGGCCGCGGCCAAGCUUGGAGAUGGGAGUUGGAGCCUGCCUGGCGACGGGAGUCGGACGGCGAGCUGUGGCGACAGGCGCGCCGCGCCGGUGGAUCGGUCGCAGAUUGCGUCGCCGCUACGGUGGUUCGAUUCCGGCGUCGUCGUCGGUCCGAUCAAGACCGGACGCCGGCUGCGGAGGUGUCCUGGCGGUGGUCCACGCCGCCCCGGCCGGAGAUUUUGGCUUCGGCCAAGACCGGCGUCGGUGCUGUUCAAAGACGCAGACAAGUCCUGUCAGGCCGACCCCCCUGCACUGGUGAAGACGACGCGAUGCCACUCAUCACUCCGUCAGCUGCAGUGUGUGGAACAAUGUCAGGUAUCAAUCAAUUCAUCACUAGUAUUCUCCACUCACCCACUCACUUUCUUGCUGUUCGUGUGAAACAAUGCCAGGUAUCAAUUUCUCACUGUUGGGGACGGCGCUAGUGGGAGGCUCUAGCUCACUGUUCUUGCAGCAUCGGAUGCUCUCGCUGUUCAUCUGAAAAGAUGUCGGGCAUCAAUUAUUUCUCUCCAUCAAUCAUGGCCUUUUCUAGCUUGCUUUAGCACCCAAACCAUCAAUCAUUGUCACUUAUCGCUCUCCAUCGGCAGCUGCUCCAUACCACAAAGCACACGCUCCUGCCGGCACUAGAUCCCCUCCUCAUUUUGCUCCACCCACCAGAUCUAGCUACCAUUGGCACUGCAACUUCUGAAGCAGCGAGGGUAGAGAGGCAUGGAGCCGACGGCCGUCAGCGUGGGCAAGGCCGCUCUGGGUGGCGCGCUGGGCUACGCCACGUCCAAGGCGGCAGAGGAAAUUGCCCUGCAGCUAGGCGUCGAGCGUGAUGUCAAGUUCAUCAGGGAUGAGCUGCAGAUGAUGCAGUCCUUCUUGAUGACGGCUGAUGAGGAGCAGAGCCAGAACAAGGUGCUCACCACCUGGGUGCAGCAGAUCGGGGUCCUGGCCUACAAAGUGGAGGACAGCCUCAUGGAUUUUGGCCUCCACUCCGAGAAAAAGCCAUUUUUGGGGUGCAUCCCUCGCAGGCCAGGUGAUCGGCGUCGCAUCGCCAAGGAGGUGAAGCAGCUUAGGGCCGAGGUGGAGGACGUGAGCAACAGGAACCUGCGCUAUCGCCUUAUCAAGGAGAGCUCAGGCUCCAAGCCUACCACGGCUGAGGAGCAGGUCAGCAUCGCCAAUGCGGCAAUGUUUGCCACUGUCGAAAAGGACUCAACAUCAAAGGUGAACCUCCACCAGCUGGUUACCAGCAAUGAUGUGAACCUUAGGGUGAUCUCCAUGUGGGGAACUAGCGGUGAUCUUGGAAAGACUUCUGCCAUCCACGAAGUUUAUGAUGACCCAAUGAUACUGAAAAGGUUUGGAUUCCGUGCUUGGAUUAGGUUGAUGCAUCCUUUCAAUCCGCAAGAGUUCCUCAGGGGCUUGUUAUGGCAAUUUUAUGAAAAUUACCAUGAUGAGGUUGGAAAAUCCGAACAAGGAACGAGUGUCGUGCCUAAUGUUCUGGCCAACAUGGAGAGGAUGGAUCAAAGAGAUUUAGUCCGUAUGUUUAGUGAGCAGUUGUGCAGCAAUGGCUACCUGGUUGUCAUAAAUGACCUGACCACGAUAGAAGAGUGGCAUUGCAUUAAGAAGUACUUUCCUGACAACAAGAAACAAAGUAGAAUCAUCGUUUCUACUCAGCAAGCUGAAAUUGCAAGCUUGUGCACAGAGAAACCGUAUCAAGUUUCAGAGUUAAAGCAGCUGUCAUGUGAUCAAACUAUUUAUUUGUUCCACAAGAAGAAAUCCGAGGAGCAGGUCAGCGUGGCCAGUGUUAGUUUGGAAAUGUUUAACACUGACGAAGCAAGGUUUCCUGAUGUGGAGAAUGAGAAACUGAAGGGUAUGCGUACAUCAUGGUCUGCUGAGCUUAUUUCCGACUCAAACAAAGUUUCUACUGCCGAGGAAAACACAACAAUGGCCACUGAUGAAAUACAGGACGAACCCCAAGAAUCCAACAAUGCAGGUGAAGACAAAGUUGGCAAUUCAACUGCUAGAAAGAAGUUUGGAUGCAGCAGGACACUGGGGCUGGCUGAUGAAGUGGUCUGUGGGCGCGAAACAGAGAAAUCUAUUCUUAUCAGAUUAGUUGGCCAACCAGACAACAGUCAAGGUUCUAAGGUGAUCUCAGUUUGGGGAAUGGGGGGUCUGGGAAAAACCACUGUUGUCCGAAGCAUCUACCGAAGUCAGCAGCUUGGUGGCUGGAAGCGUGCAUGGGCCACUGCAUUGCGUCCUUUUAACCCUGAAGUACUCCUUAGAGAUUUGGCUUUGCAGCUUCAGAAUACUAUUCAAGAAGAUCCUGUCGGAUCAACAGCAACUGGAGUGCAAAAGAAAAACAUAUCAGUGAUGAAACUUCAAGACUUGAAGGAUGAGCUAGCUCGAAUACUAAAAGUACAAAAGUGCCUUCUUGUUCUUGAUGAUAUAUUGUCCACUUCUGAAUGGGAUUUGGUCAAAUCGUGUUUGCAUAAUGCUGGAAGGAUCAUAGUCACCACAAGACAAAAAGAUGUUGCCAAACAUUGUUCAAGAGAAGACAAGAACAUGUACUGUCUUGAAGGCCUGAAAGAUGAUGCUGCACUUGACCUCUUCAUGAAGAAGGUAUUCAAGGAAAAUAUUAAAAAAAAUGAUUUAGUCCCAGCUAUGAUGGAGCAAGCAAGACUGAUCCUACAUAAAUCUGAUGGACUUCCCCUUGCAAUAUCGACUAUCGGUGGAUUCCUAGCGAGCAAGCCAAAAACUGCUAUUGAAUGGAGGAACAUGAAUGAUCGAAUUGGCACUGAAUUGGAGAUAAAUCCUGAACUUAGGACAAUAAAGACAAUUCUUAUGAGGAGCUACGAUGGUUUGCCAUACCAUCUCAAGUCUGCUUUCUUAUACCUGUCCAUAUUUCCAGAAGACCACAUAAUUAGGUGGGGUCGCUUGGUGCGGCGGUGGAUUGCAGAGGGUUACUCAAGGGAUAUGCAUGGCAUGAAGGCAAUUGAACUUUGUCAGAGAUACUUUGAUGAGCUCUUGGAUAGGAGUAUGAUUCUGCCAGGGGAAGGGAUAGAUCAAUACAAACAGAAAAUCAGUUCUUGCCAACUUCAUGAUAUGAUCCGUGAAAUAUGCAUCUCAAAGGCUAGGGAGGAAAACCUUGUUUUCACACUGGAGGAAGGAUGUUGUUUGAGCAACACACAAGGUGCAAUACGCCAUCUUGUUAUAAGCACCAACUGGAAAAGGGACAAACAUGUGCUGGAGAGCAUGCUAGACUUGUCACACGUACGGUCAUUGACCGUGUUUGGAGAGUGGAGAUCGUUUUUCAUCUCCGACGAUAUGAGGUUUGUGCGAGUUCUUGACUUAGAAGACACACUAGGAUUAAGAGAUCAUCAUCUUGAUCAAGUCGGGCAGCUCCAUCACCUCAAGUACCUUUCUCUUCGAGGAUGUCGCGGCAUUUUAUAUCUACCUAAUUCUUUCCGGAAUUUGAGGCACCUGCAAACACUGGAUGUUAGAGGUACACGUAUAUCUGAGUUGCCAACAAUAAUCACCAAUCUUCGGAGGCUACAUCACCUUCAUGCAGAUGGUUAUGUUGGCCGUGGGGGUGUUAUGGGAGAGGAUGACAUAGUUCAUAAGCAUAGACAUUUCGUUGAUCGUGUUAACACAUGUCAAACAUGCGUUUUGUUGUCCAGAGGUCAUCUUUUUUUGAGACCACAAGUUUUAGAAGCUGGUUUGAACAGGCAUGAUAUAUUCAAUCUAGAUCGCUUCCGGGAGAGGCUUCUACAUGGUGUUAUACUUCCUAGAGGGAUUGGCAAAUUGAAGGCCCUUCACUCACUAGGUGUUGUUAAUGGUUCCGGGAGAAACGGAAAUGUCACUGUAAAAGAGUUUGGAGAGCUUACUCAGCUACGUAAGCUUAAAGUGGGUGGUCUGAGCUACAGAAACAUCAAUGAGUUAUGGUCUGCCAUUGCUGGUCAUAAUCAACUUCAAUCUUUAUCAGUUGGAAUGGUGUACAGGCACUCGCCGUUAGAUGACUGUUUGGGUGAGGGUUUGUUGCCACCAAGCAGCCUCGAGAGCCUCACUCUGGGUGGUACUCUAGUCAAUGUAACAGAAUGGAUCCAUACGCUUCAGAAUCUCACCAAGUUGGUGCUCAUGGGUAGCAGAUUGGAGCAAGAUAAUGAUGCCAUACAAGCACUCGGGGUGCUACCAAAUAUAGCGGUACUGCGCCUGCAGUUUGACUCGUUCAGUGGGACACAACUCCAUUUCCAGAGGUCAUCUUUCCCUAGCCUCAUGGUGCUGGAGCUCCGUAACUUACACAAGCUCCAGUCGGUGCUGUUUGAAGAAGACACAACGCCCAAGCUUGAGCUGCUACAAAUUGGUGUGUGCGACGAGCUGAGGGACAUCUCUGGGCUGCCAGCCCUCAAAAGCCUCAAAGAAAUUCAGUUGCCUAAAGCUGGUAGUGGGUAUUACAAUAAUAAAAAAUAUGAGGUGAAGAGGGAAGAGGUGGAGAGGCAGGUAGCGGAGCACGUGAGAGUGAACAUUAUUGACUGACUAUUAAACUGUGUGUGUACUUCUCCUGUAUUCUACUAUACAUAUAGUAGGUCUGGUAAUUGAUGUAUCUGUUACAAAAACUGGGUCACUCGGGCGUAUACAGCAGGACUGUAAGUCUGUAAUGCAGCAGUGGUAUGCAUCCCUUAAAAACGCACUACA